CAACCAACCACCCAUGUUUCGGCCUCGGCCCAACCCGAUCGAAUAGACAAACGGCCGACCGACCCUGAAGUCAAACUCAAGUCAAGUGCAGCGACUAACAACCACCACUACCACCACCACCACCACCGCGGGCGCUUCGGUCGAUACACAUAGGGGUGCGUCGUUCCCUCGACCAUUACAAUCAAUCAGUUCUUCAAGCUUUCAUCCCUUCAUUUAUUCCUUCAUGGUGGUGCCCUUCCAUCCCAACCAGCCACAACCCCAUGCUGCUCCUCCACCUCCCUCACCGCCAUGACUUUCCCCAUGCAUCCGCUCUCUUCCAUGCAAGCGCCCUUUGAGGAAUCCAUGCUCGAGGCCACGGGCGACGCAGCACGAGGACCAUUUACCAUCCCCAACAAGACUCUUGAGGCCCGCCAGCAGCUGCUGUGCAGGGAGCCUGAAGCCACCGAGCUCGCUUGGAACUUCACCUACAACUGCCACUGGAGGUACAGAUCGAGGGGGAAAUUCCACCCACUGCUCAAGACCGCCUCGCAGAUCAUCUUUGGCGUCCAUUUGCUGCACCAGCACCUCGAAAAGUCCGUGGCCGAUGUGGCCGACAUCCUGCUCAAGCACGUCAACGAGCUCGACGGCUUCCUGAAGCGCGCCAACGAAGAUCUCGAUGGCAGCACCAAGGACAUGCUAUUCCGCCGCAAAUGCCUGCGCGUGCCUAUGGAGCACGUCAACGAAUUCGACCGCCUGCUCGACGACCGCGCCUACCGUGCCCAGCUGCUGGAUGGCAAUGUCGUCAUCGAGCGCACCAUCAACCGCAUGUCGCAGGUGCUCAACGAUUACCUGGUUGACAUGACCGUCUUCCGAGAUGCGAACCAGGAGCUGCAACACUACCUCAUGGCCAUUGGCCACGAAUGGACCGCCAUGAACGACGACGUCGGUCGCAUCUACAGCGCCAUGUGCGGCAACACGGGCGGCUGGGCACACUUCUUGCAGAGCUUGGUGGCCAAAGCCGAGAGAUUAGGCGUUGUGCUGGUUCAGGUGAGCAGCUACUGCAACGAGAUCGAGAAACGUUGCGGUGCCGCCAGCCGUAGGAGCUUGAUCGCCAGCCGUUCUUCUUCGCGAAACUCGUCAAACUCGCGCGAAGCCGCGCGCUCUUUCCGCAAUUUUGCCAACAACAAGCCGCUGCCUACCGUGCCCAACGAAAGGCCUCCUUUCAUCCCCACACCAUCCUCCAAGAGUCUCGACUCAAGUCCCGGUCCGAUUUCACAUAUUAGACACACGAGCAGCCCUCUCGCUUCCAACUCUGCUCUUCAUGGACCUGACUCCGAUUCAGAAGACGCUGUCUCCCCCCGGCAGCAGAUUGUAUAUCCGGUUUCUCAAAGCCACGAGCCUUUUGAGCUUGCUGCAGCUCCGGCAAGAAUCAAUCGAAGUGCCAACGUGGACCAAACGCAAAACGUCUCGUGGAUCAAUGCUGCCAGCCCGGAAAAGAGAGGUCGUGAUGAUUCGGCCAUCAUGCUCCGGCAAGAUGUGUACAAACCCGAUGGAUGUAUAGGCUUCAGCGAUGAAAAGGAGGUGAUUGCGCGGCACGACUUAGAAGAGAAAGAAGCCCUCACGAUCCGCCCUAUAGAUCAAUCAAAAGGAGAAUCCAGUCCGCCCCUCACCGGCAAAGACUCUGCGUACUCGUCCAUUUCCGGUGGAUCUGUAAUAUCUCCUGGACAUCCUCGGUCUCAAUCAGCCCAGUCAUCGUACCCGCGCGCGCAGUUCGGCCUGUUCCCCAGUAGCCAACCAAGCACACCAAAGCAUUCCAUCUCCGGUCGUUAUGGAGGGGUACCGUCCCCUGGCAUCCACUCUCCCAUGAUCGCACCCGAUCACGCCCCACAGUUUAUACCGCAGCGCUCUUACACAUCUCUCGACACGCACUCGUCAUCCUCUCGUCGCUUGCUACGGAAGUCCAGUUUAUCUUCCCUAAAACGGCUUUUCUCGAGAGACAAGAAGGGUUCCGGUGUCGAUACUAUCGCAGAAUAA